AUGAUCUUCAUAGUUACGGAUGUGGUGGAAAAAAUACUUGUUAGGCUGCCCUUGAAAUCAAUUCACAGAUUCAAAACCGUGUCGAGGGAAUGGAGAUCAACACUCGAGUCGAGGAGGUUUGCAGAGAGGCAUAAGAAGAGUGUUCCAAAGAAGAGGAAAAUCCUGGCUGUCGGAACUCAGGCCCAAUCGCAGUUCCAAGGAGACACAGAGAUCGAGAUGGUUUACGUACAACAGUGUGAAUGUGAUGAUGCCACACUACUUUCUUCGUUGACAUGUGACAGUAUAGUUUGCAUCCCGGAACCGAAUUGGGUCAGCGUUUUGAAUCCUUCGACCGAAGAAUUUCUUAGUUUCUGUAGCGGCCCCUUCCACUAUUUGGACGACAGGUUUACCGGUUGGAGCACAUUCAAUAUGAACACGGCGAUGGGAUUCGGUAGGGACGAAAUUCUUGAUGUUAACAUUAGCGAAUGGCGGAAACUGGUCCCGCCUCCCUACAAGGUUGAAACGAGAAAGAAUUCCGCGUGUAUACUAGCUUUGGAUCUUCACACUGAAGAGUUUCGGGAUGUCCAGCUAGUUCCUCCCCCUAUGCACUCGUCCACAGCUCAGAUUGUGAAUCUUGAUGACCGUCUAGCCAUAGCUGACACCUGUGCUUUAAAACCUGGAUGGGAUCUAGAGAUAUGGAUCAGAGAUGCACAAGAAGAAACAUGGACUAUAUAUGACUUACUCCAUAACUUUAGCCCAUAG